CACACCGUAAUUUUACCUCAACCUUACAACCUACAUAUAAACGUAUUCGUUCCCCCUCUUUUCCGAGUGCUGCUAGGGUUUUCCGCCACCGCAGUUCAGAGAAGCAGAGCCUCAAGCAGAACCGAAGAUGGUGAAAAGCCGCCAAGGAGAGAAUGUCAGACUCUAUGUUCGAGGAACUAUUCUCGGAUACAAGAGGUCCAAGUCGAACCAGUACCCAAACACGUCGCUGAUACAGAUCGAGGGCGUGAACACCAAGGAGGAGGUAGCUUGGUACUGUGGUAAGCGUAUGGCCUAUAUAUACAAGGCUAAGGUGAAGAAGAAUGGUACCCACUAUCGCUGCAUUUGGGGCAAAGUAAGUAGGCCUCACGGUAACAGUGGUGUUGUUCGUGCCAAGUUCAAGUCUAACCUACCUCCCAGAUCUAUGGGAGACAGGGUUAGAGUCUUCAUGUACCCCAGCAGCAUAUAAGCUGUGCGAUUCUUCGUUGCGGGUAAAAGGUGGAAUAGUUGAGUUUGGAUCAUACCCUUACACAAGAGUUGAGCUUUUUAGGUUGUGUUAUCAAGAGCAAAUACUAGCUAGCUGUUUUGUCUUGUUCUGUUUAAUUUGUUUGGAUUUUGAAACAUGAGACAAAUGUCCGUGGUCUAUCUCGAAACUGAGAUCCAUUUUUUGGCAUCGGAACCUUUUAAUCUCAUUGGAUUUUGAAGUUUAUGCAGUCAA